CCAAUUAACUUACUGGGUUGCCCCAUUUUUGUUGAAAUUAUUUUGUUGGUUUAAUUAAUUAAUUUCCAUCAUCUUCAAUUCAUAAUCUCUAUGCGCUUUGGUUCAUCUCCGGCCAUGGAUUCCAGUGACGAGAAGCAAAUCAAGAAACGAAGGAGCAGUUCAGACGACGAACAUCACCAGCCGGCGGCAAGAAACUCCAUCCAAUCUCUCCCCCAAGAAAUCAUGGCGGACAUAAUUUCCAGGCUCCCCAUAACAUCUCUCGUCCAGUUCAGCUUCGCCUGCAAAUCCUUCAACCACUUCUCGCGCGAUCCACACCUCGUUAACCUCCACCUCUCGCGCACGCACGACGCCGAUCCCUGCCUGAUUUUCCACUCCGACUAUCCCCUGAGAAACCAGCUAUCUUUCGUUCAACUUUCCGGUCAAAAUCUCGACGACGAGACGCAGAAGGCGAGGAGAAUCAACAUCCCUUUCGCCGCAUCCAUGCCGGAGUUCUCCGUCGUGGGCUCCUGCAACGGCCUUUUAUGCUUGUCGGAUUCUCUCCUCAACCAAUCCCUCUGCGUCUACAAUCCCUUCACCGGAGACUACAAGGUGCUGCCGAGAUUCAUGGAGUUUGAAGAGCAGCAAGUGGUGAUUGGGUUCGGGUUUCACCCCGGGAUCAAGGACUACAAAGUGAUCAGGAUUGUGCAGUAUACUAACACUUACCACGGCCAAGUCACCCCAUCGCCUUAUCGGAGAAGGAUUGGGUUCCGGCGAUAUGACAGAUCAGAUGUUCAGGUGUUUAGCCUUGCAAGAAACAUAUGGAGGAGUAUAGGCAAGACGCCAUAUCAGAUUGCCCCAAAGUCAUCGUCAGUCGUGUUCAACGGAAGGUGGCACUGUUUGUCCCGACUAGGAAGGUACCAUGGUGUUGGCAGGGACAGGCUGAUCCUGUCCUUGGAUCUCGCCGACGAGCAAUUCAGAGAGGUCCAAAAGCCGGAGUUCGCACCCUAUCCAGCCCGGUUUUGCAGCUACCAUCUGGUGGUUGUAAGAGACUGCCUUGGAGUGGCGUUUACCGCGCCGCCUUCCUACGGCGGCAGCCUGGAAAUCUGGGCAAUGAAGGUGUACGAUGUGAAGGAAUCAUGGGUGAAGGAGUACGCUAUAGCGUCUCCCGGUCCGCCACUCAGGUUGUUCAGCAAUCAGGAUCUGACACCAUACGGAAUUUGGACGAACGUUCGGUUUGGGAGGGCGUUCACGGUUCUGUGCGUUCUGAAAAAUGGGGAGAUACUCAUAGAGUACAAAAAUGGCGGUCUUGUUUCGUAUGACCCUCAAACCGGUGUUUUCAAGAAUUUAACGUUCCAGGGACUGCCUAAAUUGUGUAAGACAAUAGUUCAUGUUGGUGGCCUUAAUUGGAUAGAUAGAUAAUACCAAGUCACCUUGAGAUUUGGAUUAAUUAGCAACGUACUGUUAGAGUUUCAGUCUAUCAGGAUAUCCUUUGAUAUGAUGUACAUGCACUGUCAAUUUUAUGUGAAUUGAUUGUGUUGUUAU